AUUCGUUUACAGUUCAUUAUUUCAAAAGCCACCAAACCAACAAACUUUCCUGUUUUUACUUAUAUUCCUUUCGUUUUAGAUCCUACUUUAUACAUUCUUUACACACACAUAUAUUUCCUGGACAAUUUUUUUAAAAAAAUUAAAAAAUUAAAAAAUAACAUUCUUUUUGGUAUAGUCAUAAUAUUAUUUUAGAAUCACAUACAACCACAACAUAAAUAGACGUGAAAUAGAUUUUUAACAAUAAACCUAACUUUCGUUCGUUGUAAACAAUGCCUCCGCCAGCUGUUGAAAAUAUUAACGUUGUGCAAACCACUGUUAAUACUCCCGAGAUCUUUGUAGAUCCCGAAGUAGCCUCUAUAUAUUCUGAUGGUGAUUCCUCUGACGAAAGGUCUCUAAUUAGUAAAGCAAGCGACGAAUUUCGUCCGUCACACAAUCUUACAACUCCUGACUUGAAGCGUUCAGCUUCUGUUUCCUCAUUUAGCUCAUACGCUUCAUCUCCAGAUAUUCCUCUACCCGAAAGUAAUGAUCAUGAUUCUACUUUGCAAAAUAUGCUAGCACUAGGUGAAUCAGGUGCUCUAGCUCAAAAUUGGUUUAGUUCUGGUACAUUAAAAGCUGAUGGCAGAUGGUUUAAAGAUGAUAAAGGUCGUACUUGUUUAUUACGUGGUGUUAAUUUAUGUGGUAGUUCGAAAUUACCUACUAAACCUGAUGGAUCAAGUCAUUUAAGUGAAGGAUUUUUUGAUCACCGUAAUGUUUCAUUUGUGGGUAGACCAUUUCCGCUUGAAGAAGUUCAACAACAUUUUGCUAGAUUAAGAGCUUGGGGUCUAACUUUUGUUAGACUUUUGGUCACUUGGGAAUCAUUGGAACAUGCUGGACCAGGUAUUUAUGACGAAGAAUAUAUUGAUUAUCUCAUUAAUGUUAUAGAGCAAAUGUCUCGUUAUGGUAUAAAAUGUUUCAUAGAUCCGCAUCAAGAUUGCUGGUCAAGAUUUUCAGGUGGAUCAGGUGCACCAGGAUGGACAUUUGAGGUUGCUGGACUUGAUAUAACAAAGUUCAAAACCACUGGUGCUGCCUAUGUCCAUAAUACUAAUCAUAAACCUGGUGAUUCAUUGCCAAUGGUGUGGCCGACUAAUUAUACUAAGUUGGCUAGCAGUACUAUGUUUACUUUAUUUUGGGGUGGUGAUGUAUUUGCUCCUAAUACAACAUACGAAGGCGUAAAUGUUAAAGAAUUUCUUCAAGAAAAAUACGUGAAUUGUUAUAAACAUUUGGCAAGGCGACUUCAACAUUUAGAUGCAGUUAUAGGAUUUGAAUUGAUGAAUGAACCUCAUCAAGGAUAUAUUGGUUUAGCAGAUUUACAUCGAUACGAUGGAGGAAAGACUUUGGUAUUCGGAGACUCACCAUCCGCUUUACAGUCAUUUGCACUUGGUGAUGGUAUACCACAAGAGGUUGAAGUAUGGAUUAAAUCAUGGCCAUUUCCCACUCGCAAAGAUAAAACUCGUGUUAUUAAUGAAGAAAGUGAAUCCGCUUGGUUAACCGGUAAAUGUAUAUGGCGCCAGCAUGGUGUAUGGGACGUUGAUGCUAAAACAAAUAAACCGAAAGUUUUAAAUAAAGAUUAUUUCUUAAAAAAUCCAAAAACUGGAGAAAAGUUGGAUUAUUAUAAGGAUUUUUACUUACCUUUCGUGAAAAGAUAUGCUGAAGGUAUUCAAAGUGUCAGCAAAGAAUAUUUUGUUUUCGUUGAACCACUUCCAAAUGAGCCUCCACCAAUAUGGACACCAAACGACCAUCAUAAUAACAUUAUAUAUGCACCCCAUUGGUAUGACUUGAAAGCACUAUUUACGAAAACAUUCAAUGGUAAAAUAACACAUGAUGUUCAACGUUUAACAAAGGGAGCACAUCACAUAGCUGCUGCUACAUAUUUUGGUAUAUCUGGAGCCAAGAAAAAUUAUUCUGGGCAAGUUCGAAAUAUAGUUAAAGGUGGUCUUCAAUUUGUAGGAGAGAAACCUUGCAUUAUUGGAGAAUGUGGUAUACCUAUGGAUAUUAACGAAAAACAAGCUUUCUUAACUAAUGAUUGGGUACAUCAUAGUAAUUUCUUGGAUGCUGUAUUAGGUGCCAUGGAAAAGAAUCUUGUGAACUUUACAUUAUGGAAUUAUAAUCCAACGAAUGAUAAUACACAUGGCGAUCAUUGGUAUGGUGAGGAUUUUUCGAUUUAUUCACGUUCUAUUAACGAAGAAAUCACGAUUACUAAAACCAAAGAAAUAAAGACUGACGAAACGGAAGAAUCAAUCAAUGGAACGAUAACAAAAAAAAUUCAGAAACUCAAGAUACAAACGGACACACUUUCAAUUAUUAGUUCUAAUAAAAAUACAUAUAUAAAUGAAGAAAAUGAGAAGAGUGAAUCUGAAAUUAGUGAUAAAGUCAAUAGUCCAAAUUCACCAACUUCGCCUUUCGAUUUAACUCGAGUACAUUUUUUGGAACAAGAUGAUGAAACUGAUAGUGAACAAUUUCAUCAUCAAGGUGGAAGAGUUUUGGAAGCAGUUUUGCGACCAUAUGCAGCAAAGAUGCCGGGAAUUCCACAAAUAAUGAAUUUUAAUUUAAAGAAUUUAGAAUUUAUAUUUAAAUUCACUAAUUAUCCAUUAUCACAACAAAGUAAUAUAAAUAGCAUAGUAGCACCUGAAGCAGAAAUUUAUAUACCAAAUUAUCAUUAUAAAAAACUUUUACUUGAUAUAAGAGUAUCUGAUGGCGAUUGGAGAUACGUUAGAAACAGACAAACAUUAUAUUGGAGAGUUAAAGAUUGGACGACCGAGGGAGUUGUACAUACUUUAAGAAUACGAGUUGUAGAAAAUUCAGAAGGAGAAGAAAUAUCGAAACGUGGUGAAUUAUUAUCAAGUGAUUCAUUGAAUAAAAAGCUAGAUAUUGAUGCAAAACCUGAGGUUGACAUAUAUGCUAAAUGGAUUGUAUCUGCUGUUGCUAUGAUAAUGUUUGCUUAUUGGUGGCAAGUUUAACUUUCAAUUCUAAUCACCCCUUAUUCAACACCUAUAUCCGUUAAUGGUUACGAAAUAAUAAAUAUUUAAUAAUUUAUACUUUAUAUAGUUAAUAAAUGCGUUAAAAAAAAUAAAAUAAAAUAAAA